AUGCGCUGUUUCAGGGCGUUGCAAACGUCUUCGCUUGCAAACCAGCAGCAGGCGAGGGCAGUGUUAACCGGUGUCCUCACGUUUGGUUACAUAAGAAGAGAGACAAGUAGUCGAGGAGAGGCGUGCUUGCUGGUGUUCGACGGCCGUCGACCGGGCUGCCAGGCUUUUUUGGACGACGUGAAACCUUCCCCAUUGGCGCUGCUGGCAGCGACGUGCAGCAAAAUUGGCGCCAGUAGCGGCAGCACGGGCAGCGACACUGGCGCUAGCUCCCAUGAUGUCGUGUUGGACAGCAGUGGUAGCGAGCCUCUGGUCAGCGUCGCUGCGCAGGACAACUCGAUAACGACCGCUUCCGGCGGUGGUAAGGACAAGGAGCUAAUUCCGUUUGAUGUUCUCCAGUCGUCAACGUCAUCGUCGGCCGCUGUCGCGGUUUCAGCCAAAGUGACGUGCGCUGAAGACAAGAACACUUUCCUGCUGCCUGCGUAUCAGAAUAUCACGGUCGACGGUCAGGAAGCGAUAUUCAUACCGAUAUCCGCGCCUUUGUCAGUGUGGAAAGUUCCCGUCUUCCGUUGUUGCCGGUCCCAAACCCGGUUGAGGAAGGAGGAAGAUUGGAGACCGUGGCGAAGUCCCCACAAAAUUUCGCUGCCUGCCCUUCAUGGUAUUGACGUCAUCGAAAAUGAUACCGGCUCGGUUGUCGCUCGAGUUACCAGGAACCGCGCAGGCUGCGAAAAAUCGACGAUCAGAACCUGCUUAUCGCCUUCUGCUAGCCGGGGACGUAGCAGCGCAACAACGAACGACGAAGACCGACGGAACAACGACGAAGAUACCAGUCAGCAACGGAGUCGCUACCCGUUCUGA